AUGGAACAACAACAAGAUAUCGGAGGUGCCCAGGCUCUUCUUUCUCUUGGCACAAAAGAUGCAAAACAUGAAGAACACGAUCAGCAAGAUGCUACUCAUACUGAGAACCAUGCCAAUCUGCAUCAUGAUGAAGCUGAAGACGACAAGUCUAUGGCCGUGCAAGGCGAACAAUUAGGUCCUGGUGAAGAGCAUCACCGGAGUGACCAUGAAAGUUUCGAGGACAAGGCUAACCAGCAACUAAACGACGCAGUGGAAGCUGCAGUGAUGAGAUAUGUGGGAGGCACUCUCGAUAACUCCGAAUCACACGAACACGAUAGGCAUAAUGGGGACGCCGCUGAUGGUUCAAAUGAACUGCAAGGGCCAAAUACAUCGGGCCAUGGUCAUGGUGAGGGCUCCAAGAGACGCUUAAACCAUGAAGAGAUCAUGUCUCAUAUAGGCGACUACCAAUGGGAUAGUUUUCUUGAGGAAAAUGUGGCAGCUGACUUUGAAGGCCCUUCGCCUAAGAGGUCUCGGAGAAGAAGAAGUUUUGUCAAUGGUGGAGAUAUCGAUCCUGACUUGCCGGACCUAGAAGGAGAGCCAUCUGAACACGAUCAGCUCGUUCAUGCCGCCAUCUUGGGAGCUGGUGAACUCGCUAAGCAACUUUCGCUUCCACCAACUUCAAACCUACAUCACCAGCAUCAGCAACAACAUCAGCAUUCCCAUAGGGCGGAUGGAGAAUCCGCUGCCAUUAACCAGUUAGCUCAUGCAGCCUCAGCAUUGUCCGCCAAAGGUAGACCCAGAACAUCCAUCAAGCAAAAGCGUCCCCUCAGGAGACCUUCAGCUCUUCAUUCCAUCCAUAAUCAGGCAAGCACCCGUGACAAGUAUGACCACAUGUCACUAGAAUCAUUGGUUGAUCAAUGUGCCAACGAAUCUCUACUGUGGUAUCAUUCACAGACCAGUAUCCCAAUGUCUGGGCCUCGUGCCUUUGCACCGACGGAAAUAAGUGUUAUGGAAUCUUUUGUGGAUGGUUAUUGUCGCCUCAAUAAUUUGUCACGUCUUGACAUCUGUCGCCGUGUGUGGGCAUCUGAAAGAACAAAGGAUAACUUCUGGGAAUGCAUAACAAAAGUUCUUCCUUACAGAUCUCGUGCUUCUAUUUACAAGCAUGUACGCCGUCAGUAUCAUGUUUUCGACAUACGUGCUAAGUGGACUGCUGAGGAAGAUGAAUUACUUAAGAAAUUGUCACAAACAUCCGAGGCCAAUUGGAAGAAGAUUGGAGAAACGAUGAACCGAAUGCCCGAAGACUGUCGUGAUAGGUGGAGAAACUAUAUUAAAUGUGGCGAAAACCGUGCCCUGAACAAGUGGUCUGAGGAGGAAGAGCGCACUCUUAAGAAUAUAGUGGUUGAGAUGAUCACUAAUGAUUCGAAUGGAGACAAGCCCAUGUCUAUUAAUUGGACAUUGGUCAGUGAAAAGAUGAAUGGAGUGCGUUCUAGAAUUCAAUGCAGAUAUAAAUGGAACAAACUCUUGAGAAGAGAGUCCCUCACACGCAUUGAAUUGAUGGAUAACGAUACUAAGAUAUGGCUCAUCAACAGGUUGCUUGAGUCUAAUUUCCCAAAUAUCGAGAGUAUUGAUUGGGAUUAUAUCUUACAUCUUUACCACGAGUUCAACAAAGAUGCCAAGAAUAAGGACUUCUUGUGGACCACAACAGAUUUCAAAGUCAGCUUUGACAAGAUGAAGUUUACGGUGAAAGAUCACAAGAAUCUAUCAUUACACACGAUUCUCUCAAAGAUCCUCCUGGCACUUUACGCAGAGACCGGUUCCGACGAUAUGGUUCGAAAUCCUCAGUUGGCAAAACAGAGCAAAUCCCACGAUGUUGAAGAACAAGCCGAAUCAAUUGCAAAUGCUGCCGUGGCUGCUGUAUCUACAGGGGUAAAUGAGGAAGAAGCUCAGCAGCAAGAGUACAGCUUGUGGAGGUAA